AUGACGACUGAUCCGGUCAGAAAUCACAACCAAGAACUUUUGAAAAAAUUAAUGCCGGGUGACCUGGUCAAGUUUCCAAGAGGAUGGUACACACAUUGGGGUGUAUAUGAAGGUAAUAACUCCAUGAUCCACGUGGCAGGCGUAUUCGAGGAGUCUGUGCUAAAACACAAAGCUGAAAUUAAACGAGAAGACUUCUAUACAGUUUGCGAUCGUGACAAAGCUUACAGUGGCAAUGAUAUGGAUAAAGAAUGGGAACCGCUUAAGACUGCUGACAUUAUACGUCGUGCUAAGGCCAACAUUGGACAAAUGCGAUACGAUUUGCUGUUUAACAACUGUGAACAUUUUGCUAAAUGGUGCCGGUAUGGUAGAAAGUCGAGUGAACAGGUUAAUGAGGUUUUCCAAUUCAUGGAAGAAGCUUUGAUCGUGCUUACUGUUGAAUUGAAAACGUUGUUAAAAGUAGAAAUGCACAAUGAAUCCAAAAGACUAUUCAGAAUGGCUACAGAUAGAAACCAGACUCACAACUUGAAUGUUUUGAGAUCUUUGAAACCCGGAGAUCUUGUCAAAUUCCACAGGAGUUUGUACACUCAUUGGGCUGUUUACGAAGGUGAUAGUAAUGUAAUCCACGUGGAAGGAUCAUUCUGUGAUGAUAUAAAAAGACACAAAGUUGAAAUAAAACGUGAGCAUUUCUUACAUGUUGCACAAGGUGACAAGGCUUAUGAUGGGAAUGACAUGGAUGAUGACUGGGUAGCUGUUGACACUGAAAUUGUACUACAGCGAGCACAGAAUAGCAUUGGACACUGGCAAUACGCGCUAGUCUUCAACAACUGCGUCCAGUUUGCUAAAUGGUGUCGGUAUGGCCUCAGAUCCAAAAAACAGAAUCGUUUUACAUGUGAUCAACAUGUGGGCAAUAGUGAUCAGAUUAAUGUGUGUUCACUGAGUGGUUAA